GGAACAAAGACAACCAUUCACAAUUAAACAAUCGUAUAAGCGUUCGUUCUCUCGGGCGUAGAAAAUUUGUUUCGGUUAGAAAAAACAAUAAAAAAGUGGAAAAUAAUUAAUAAAAAGUGUCAAAAGCUUCGUUCAAACAUUAAGCGCACAAUGCACAAUCAAAAAAUAUGCAACAAAAAGACACACUCACACAACACGGCACAACAUAAAUACCAAUUUACUACAUUUUGAGAUUGACAACUUGAACUCUCUUGCUUCGUUUCUCUCUGCCUCCUCUCUUACUUGGCGUGUAAAUGGUAACUUUUUGACACCGGGCUUUUUGAUCAGCAAAUGAAAAUAUGAUUAAAUUGAAAAGAAAAUAAAACGAAAAAAAGAAGAAGAAGAAGCAGAAGCAUUAAUAAAAAAAGAUUAUUGUGGUGAAUUUACUUACGGCGGUCGUGUAAAGUCAGUGAAAAAAGCGAAAGAAAGAAAAAACAUUGGCAAAAUUUGGCUGCAGAAGAACUAAAAAAAUAACAAAAAUUGGAAACUAUUUUCCUUUUUGUCGAGAAUAAUUAAAUCAACAACGGGCAGUAGCUGCUUAAUACCAUUACUUCUCGUCUUGGAAAAUAUUUAGACGAAAGCCCACAAGAAAAUAGAGCGGCUAUCAAAAGAAAAAUCAGCAGCAGCAACGGGGGCGACAAAGGCACGACGGGAAUAUUCAUCGAUUUUUUGUGUCUUCUACUCAAGUGGAGUUCUUCCGUUUGGUUCAUUAUUUUUUUUGCCUCAACGAGUGUUCCCAGCGUCGUCAGUUCCUGUCCCCUCCCAAUAUACACCCCGGUGGAACCCAUCAACUACCAAGAACAUAUAUAUUACAAAAAAGAAGAACACACAGCAACAACAACGUCGAUAGAAAAAAAAAGACGACCAACAUUGUUGUUGUCGUCGUUGUCUACUUGAGAUUGUCUACUUCCUCAUUACCUUUGGCUUCGUUGCAUCUUCCUCGAAACGACGACAAUCCGACCCGACCUCCCUGGGCUGCCUCCCCUUAUCGGAUUUUUUGUGCUUUUAGGCUUAGGAUUGCCAUAGAUUAGCCAUUUUUUUUGCAACCAACCACCCACAAGCGACAGGCGCUCAGGCAGACAAGCAGGCAGGCAUACAGCCAGAUAGACAGACAACAUAACUCAUUUGCAAAACUGGGUCUCCAUCUAAUGACCUAUCAUGUUGUCUUGUUUCAAAAGCAAUAAAUUACCUUAAAUCUUCUUCGCUCAUCAUCCCGUUAUGGACAGCAGUAGCAGCCAAAAAGAUCAAAAGCCGCCUGGGUCCAAUCAUUUACCACCUAAUUCCGCUCAUAGUUUGGCUGUGCCGCCGCAGCAUCAACAGCAACAGAAUGCGGUCGGUGGCAGCGUUGCUGGAGCUAACAGUAGUACAGGUGGCCUAAUUGUCACAGGUGGAGGAGGCCAAUCAUUGGGUGGCGAUCAAUUGCAUUUACCCCCACCAACAGCAGCACAAAACGCCAUGAACAGUGGCAGCAAUGGCGGCAGUGGCAGCGGCAUGGGUGUCCUCAUGGCAGGAUCAACAGGAAAUUUAUUGAAUAACACCACCAGCAACAACUCAUCGAAUCUCCAAAUAAUGGGUGGCACAGGUGGUGCUGGCAAUAUUGCAGGGUCUGCCGCAGGCUCCAGUGGCUCGGCGGGAGGAAACUUUUUUGUUAACAACAUCAGCGGUUCCUCAGCACCAGGUGCUGCUGCUGCUGCUGCCAAUAACAGUGACUUCGACUCCGACACUGAGCUUUCAAUUGUGGCCGCAGCAGCGGCGGCAGCAGCCGCAAAUUCGGCAACAAACGGUUACACUUCCAACACGAACAAUAAUGGCAAUGUGAGCAGCAAUUCCAAUUCUUCCUCCUCCCUAAAUGCAAAACAGCAGAGGCAGCAGAAAAGGCGAAGGGAACGGGCCCUCAGGCUACAGGCUGAACGUGAUAAUCGCAGUGCGACUAAUACGACAGCGAACAGCAAUAACUCGGCUGCCAAUGCCAGCUCCAAUAACAACAACAAUAAUAAUAGUAGUAGUAAUAAUAACAACAACAACAAUGGCAGCAACAAUUCCACAAAUUCGAACAACAACAACAGUAGUAGUAAUAAUAGUACACAGUUUCCUAAUGCCAUUAUCAAUACGACGGUGGCCACAAAUGUCAACAACAGUAGCGGCAACAACAGCAGCAACGCGAACAGCGCCAACAAUGUUAUUGGUGCCACCACAUUAACGUCCUCUUCCUCGUCAUCAUCAUCGUCCUCGUCGUCAUCAUCCUCAUCGUCGGGUAUUGCCUCCACAAAUACCACACCAACAUCGUCGGCCGUCACCGCCACCACAACCGGCACCAAUAACCAACAUCUCUAUCAGGCCAGCAGUGCUAACAGCAUGGGCGAAGAUAGCAACAAUUCUAGUGGCAUUUUUACAACAAGUUCCAGUAGUAGUGCCAACAACAAUGCCCUACUACCACCCACAGACAGUAUUGCAUCAUUGCUAUUGAAUCCUCCCCAUUCGCCGGAUUGCCAUUCGGGCAUUAUGGCCAGUCCCAGUGACAGUGAAGGUGAAUCGUUGGACGAAGACCUAUUGUCGACAUCAUCCUCAUCGACACUGUUACUGCCGCGUGAUAAGCCAAUACCACGACCACCGCCGCCAGUGCGACGACGUUUGCCCCGAUCACCGGUGCUGGAGGAGGAAAUCAUUGAUGGUUUUGCAAUAUUGGAAUUUAAAUCCUAUGAAGAUUUGGAGUUUGCAAUUAAAUUGGGCCAAAAACGCAAAGAGAAACGUCUGUCAGCGCUGGAGGAGCUGACAUGCACGUAUAGCAUUGAGGAAAUCAAAAUGCCAAAGAUCAUUGAUACAGGACAGCCGCAUCCAAUACGAAGUGGUGGAGGCGUUGGAAAUAUCAACAACAACAACAACAAUAAUAAUAACAGCAACAACAAUAAUGGUGGUAUUGGUGCUACAGUUACGGCUGGAGUUGUCACUGGUUUGGGCUCGUUAAAUCUUAAUCACAAUAAUAACAACAACCAUCAUCAUAAUCUCCACCAUCAUCAGCAGCAACAACUACAACAGCAACAUAAUUUACAAAAAGAAAACCCCAUGAUGAUGACGACACCGAAUAACAAUAACAACAACACAAACAGUACUACCGGUAGUCAUCACAAGGAUAAUAACAGUACUCGUAUGGCCACAAUGAAUGCCAAUAAUCAUUCCAUGAUGAUGGUUAAUAACAGCAGCAGCAACAACAACACAAACGGCAACAGUAACACCAGUAGUGGGAAUAACAUUAGCAAUAAUUUAAGUGUUUCCACAGAUGUCAAUAUGGCCAGCGUUGCAGCAGCAGCAACACCAACACCACCACCAACAAGUGCGGCGACACCUGACACCAACAACGGUGCAUUGGCGAAAAGCACAGCUUCACCCACCCCACCCAUACCCAUGGAUACCACAAUAGCAUCCUGGAAGGAUGGUAGUGGCCAACAAGCAUCCACAGCGUUUAGUCAACACAAUGGCGAUGCCGGUGUCUCGGAUCGGACCGGUAGUGAAGAUCACAACGCAUCUCCUAGUGCCACCGAAAAUGGCAACGAUAGCAGUAUUAUGAUGGAUACAUGUGAUGGCAGUAAUGCUGUCGAUCUGGGACAGCAACAGGUAUCAUCUGUUGUUUUGGGCUCAGCCACACAGACACAAACUGGAGCAAUGGGUGCAACACCAACAACUCCUUCCUCCCUACCAAAUUCCAAUGCCACAAAUUCCAUGGAUACCACCACCACCACCUCCAUAUCCAACACAGCAGUGGCGACUUCUAAAGUCUCCAUGAAUAGCAGCAGCAACUCAAAUGAUAAAAGCACAAAAUCCCAGGCGGCGAAUAUCUCGUCCGCUGUGGCAACUGGAAGCCAGUCUCACCUGGGGACGCAAAUACCAGCACCAGCAACGUCCUCGUCAUCAUCUGUGAUGGUUGGUGGUAGCACAACUCCUCUAACACCAAAUAUGGUAAACAGCCCCUCCAUGGCGGCCAACUCCAGUCAAGGGCCCACACCUUCCUCCGCUGCUGCCUCACCGGCAAUGACUGGCAAUUUAAUGGAUAAAUUGACAGCCAGCCCUGGCCAAUCACCGCAGCAACAACUGCAUCCGCAUGCAGCAUCCAUGGGCCUACAUCCCAGUCUGGGUGCCACAGGCGCAAGUGAUAACUUUAAAUCAAAUAGUAUACAUCCACAUCCUGGACUGGGGCCACCUUCCUUUAAGUCAAUGUCUUCAUUGGCCGGCAGCAGUAUACCAGGAGGAGCAUUUAAUAAAUCAAACGCACAUUUAAUGGAUCAAAAGAUGCACAAUAAUAGUAGUAAUGAAUUUAUAACAAAUAUGGCUGCAACACCGCCAUCGACGGGCAAUGUCGUUUCACAACAGACGCCACACUCUUCAGCUUCCCCGGCAACAACAACAUCAGCACAGCCUCCGCCGCCGGCAGCAGCAGCAUCGCCAACAGUGGCCAAUUCGAUUGGUGCGCAAAUAAAUCAAAAAGAUUUACAUCACCAUCAUCAUGCCCUGCCACCGCCACCUCACGGCCAUCCUCAUGGACAUCAUAUGCUGCCGCAUCAUUUGGCAGGAGGUCCUGGCUCAAUAGGUCCGCCGCCACCCCAUUCGACGAGUGCUUCACCCAUGGGUGCAUUAAUGGCUGGACCAACGGCUGGUGGUAAACAUCCAGGUCAUCCGCAUCAUACGCCGUUGCAACAUCAUCAUCAGCAACAAUUGCAACAGCAAUUACAGCAGCAGCAACAGCUGCAGCAACAACAUCAGCAACUGCAGCAGCAACAUCAUCAUCAGCAACAGCAGCAGCACCAACACCAGCAGCAGCAUCUUCACCACCAACAUUCACUUCAUUCACAUCUUCAACAUCAGCAUCAACUUCAUCAUCAUGCACAACAACAACAACAGCAGCAGCAACACCAGAAGGAUAUGUUGUCUUCAGUUGGUGGCAACAGCGGCGGCAGCAGCAACAGCGAUCACAAGGAUCGUUUAAGUGAUGCGGCAAACAGUAGAGUUAACAAUAUUGGCAAAGGAUUUAAUAUCUGUGAUAGCGGCAAUGAUGAAAAUAAGGGUCCUGAAAAGUUAGGAGCCAUUGUAUUUCCCUCGACGCCCACUCAACAAAUUACAAAUGCAACUCCGAGUCCUACAACACCUCGAAAGUCUUCAGAUUAUCCUCUACAGGCGACAAGUACAACAACGCCACCUGUUGCAGCAGCAGCGGCGGCGGCUUCGGCGUCAACAUCUGCGACCAGUUCCAACACAAAUUCCAACACAUCUGCUGUUGGUCAUGUGGCCACGGCAUCGUCAUUGCAACAAAAAUUACCCGCUAACAAUGAACCGAACUCUUCCUCCCAGCAUGCACCUCCCCAACACCAACAACAACAACCGUUUCCAAUACCCACAAGUAGUAGUGGUGGUAUGCUACCUGGAGGGCCAUUAUCUCAGGUGGGUGGUCCUCAUGGUCAUGGCAGUAUACACGAUGGUCGACCUCCCUCUACGGGUGGAGCCAUUGGUCCAGGAGGUGCUGCAGCUCCUCCUUCACAUUCGGUAUUUGGGCCACCUGCAUCAACUGCUGCGGAUAGUAAAUCUGCCCUGGGACCACCACAUUCAGCGCAUUACGCUUCCGGUGUAAAUCAACAACAGCAGCAGCAGCAACAGCUAUCUUCGGUUCAUCUCAAUGAUCCCCGGAAUACCCUAUCUUCUUCUCCUUCAUCAUCAGCAGCGGCGGUACCAUCACCUCACCAACAACAACAUGGUUCCAGUGAUAGUCCAUUCGGACCCAAACAUUUAGCUGGUUCGCCCUCUGCUGCGCCUGGUAAUCUCAUGUCUCCCGCUCCACCUCCACCCAAUGCCUCACCAUUACCCGGUAUGCAUCCCAAGUCAUCGGGGUCUGGGGUGGCGCCCAAUUCACCAGCGAACAUGCAACUGCCACCAUCUGCAAGUGGGUCGCCACACAUUCCCGGCAGCCCAUCAGUUGGCUUCAGUGCAUCGGGUUCAAUAAGCAGCCGGCUGGGUCCGCCGCCACCAACACAUCCAUUCCUACCCUCAUCACUGCAUUCCAAUGUCAAUGCUGCGUCGAAUUUGGGGCUAAAGCAGCCCAACGAAACACCCGAAGGUCGUGACAAAGGCCCAGUUAGUGGAGGUCCGCCGCCGACCCCAAUGAUAAACGGUUACCUGCCGCCAUUUGUUAACAGUGCUGCUGGAUCACAAGCCAGUUGUGUCUCGAGGAUCUCACCACAUCCAAAUGCAAUGCCGCCGACGGCAACGCCAUCCGGUGCACCAACUUCGCAAUCUUCAUCGUCGUCCGCGUCAUCAUCUUCAUCUGCUGGAGCCAUGACGAGUAAAGCGUCGUCUCUACCCAUAACAACGUCUGCCUCACCCCAUUCCUCCGCCGUAUCCUCGGGUGCACCCCAACCUCCGCCAUCAUCAUCUUCAGCUUCAACACUUCCUCCCUCGUCUACAGCCGCCUCUUCCAUGGCCAAGUUUCCACCACACAGUGCUGGUGGUUUGCCACCCUUGCAAACGACAGCUGGAAUCUUUGGUCCAGGUGCUCUGCCGCCUCAUGGUUUACCGCCUGGUGUGGGACAUCCUGGCAUGUUGCCCGGUGGCAUACCUCCCAAUGGCCUAUCUCCAAUGCUGUUACAUGCAUCGCCAUAUCGCCCGCCCUAUCCCAACUAUCCACUGUACGCUCCCUAUAGUGGUCUGCCACACAGUCACUAUCUGCCCCCUGCUGUGCCAUCGCCAAGUGCCUCGCCACGGACAAGUCGAGAAUCUCCCAUGAUGUCACAAAUGACCAAACCGACCAGCUUAAGACCGCCAACGCCGGUCAGUCAGUCAAGCAGCAAUUCGGCAUCAUCGUCAGCAGCAGCAGCAUUAUCAUCGACGGCAGCGGGACAAGCCUCCUCCAAUAGUGCGAGUGGCUCCAGCACGCCCACUAGCUCAACACCCACAACAGUUUCAACUCCCACUUCAUUACCACCAACAACAGCUAGCUUAAGCCAUGGUUCAGCGGCGGCGGGACUGCCCCCAUCCUCAAUACCCUCGCAUUUGCUGCAUCAUCCGCAUCUGCCAUAUGCUGGAUCGUUGCCUAUGCCACAACAAAUGUUGGGUGGUCCUCCGCCCCCAUUCUCUCAUCCACAGUCGGCGGUGUUAUCACAUCAUCUUCCCAUAUCCUCCCACCCGGGUCACAGUAUAGCAAGUGUAACCACAACAACAUCUGCCUCAACUCCGCUCAGUGCCACACUAAGCGGCAGCGGGGUCGCCAUAAACAGUGGAUUGAAUCCACCACCAUCAAUGUCCAGUAGAGAUGGAACCCAGAUACUACAUCCACCUCCGCCACCACACAUGCUUACGCAUCCUCAUUUGGGACCGCCACAUAUGCCGCCACUUCCGCCCCAUAUGUUGCCACCGCCCCACUCAGCUCUUCUGCGAGGAGCCUCACCCACAACAACUCCCUCUACUCAGAGUAGUAGCCAGCCGCCAAGUUCUGCGUCGGUGUCAACGGCUGCGGCCACAUCUUCAGCAUCUGUGAUCCACAAAGGAAUCUCACCGCAAAGUGAGAGUCCGUCUAAAGAGCGUAACAAUAGUAGUAGUAGUAAUGAUAGUCUCGCCUACCUUCCACGUUCGUCUGUUGCUGCCAAUUCGCACCUCAGUGGUUUCCCCCCACCACCGACAUCAACAGCUGCGGCAGCAUAUAUAUCAACGUCAAUGGCACCCACAUCCUCCUCUCUACCAACUUCAUCAUCGGUGGCAUCGUCCGCUUCGAUGACCUCUACACCAUAUUCGGUUGCUUCCUUGGCUAUAUCAAAUGCCUCCUAUAGUUCCACGGUUUCGUUGCCUACAACAACAUAUGCUGCGGCAGGCGGUAUGCCCAUGAUGACAUCUCAACAGUUGCCACAACAUCCACCGGGUAGUAUAGCAUACCCAGGUGCUCCAAAACACUCCAUGUGGCCGCCUCCAAGUUCCUCCUCAUUGUCAAUACCACCUCCGACAUCAGCAGUUACCUCACAUCCAUCUAGUUUGGCCACGAGGCCCACACCACCGCCACCCAGUGUGGCAGCCACAUCUACGGCUGGCGGUUCCUCGUCAUCGGGAAUGCAGCCACCCAUAUCGGUUUCACCGCAUACAGCAACAAUGCAUUCCUCAUCGGCCUUGGUGGCACCAACACAGCCACCGCCUCCAACAAUACCAGCACCUGGUAGUGGAUUCCAUCCACAAUAUUUUGUGCCUCCAAUGCCAACAGUUCCUCCGGCGGUGUCUUCAGCCAUGGUGGGUGGGCCAAUAAGUUCCAUAAGCAGUUCACUGGCCGUGAGUUCGGCAAUGUCAGCAGCAUCCAUGCCUACAGCAACGACAGCAAUGAUAACAACAGCGGCGAACAGUGCACCGGUAACAACAACGACCCAAAGUUCGGCACCGCAUCCAUUUUCGGCGGAGUCGCUAUUCCAGCCUAGUAAAAAUCCUCAAGCCGAUCUAUUGAGACGAGAAUUGGAUAACAGAUUCCUGGAUCUUAAUACGCAACAACAACAACAGCCGUCUGGCCAUGGUGGCUCAUCAUCGACCAGUGGCCAGAGUAGUACCACGACAGCAGCAGCAGCAGCAUCGCCCUCGGUCAGAUCUAAUGCUUCGCCGGCUCACACCCAACCUACGCCGCCUACAUCGAGUAGCGGUAGUAUAACCAGUGGAACGGCCCCCGUUCCACAUGCACCCACAGCAGCAGUGCCAUCACCCUAUCUAAGGCAAGAAUUGCAUCAUCAUCAACAUCAGCAUACACAUCUGCAUCAGCAUCAGCAACUUUUGCCAACGGCUUUAGCAGCAGCUCCACCGCCAGCGCCGGCUCCCCUCUUUCCUCCGCCUCUAUUCAAAGACAUUCCCAAAAUUGCAGCCGUUGACUCGCCAUUUUAUCGCACAGGACUUGGUUUGCCCGGUUAUGCUGGGUAUAGUCCGGCCGGUUUAAUGCAUCCCGGUUUGGGUGGGGCCACACCUUUCAUGCCACCCAGCCAUUUAACAUCAUUUGCUCCAAAGACGAUACAACCAACGCCUUCCUCCAAUAAUCCACAUCAACAAUCUCAACCGCCUUUGCCAACCAACAUUGUUGAAUCCUCCUCAAAAUCUAUUAAGUUUACGAAAACUGGUCGCUGGAAUGCCAUGCAUGUACGGAUAGCGUGGGAAAUUUACUAUCAUCAGAACAAACAGAAUCCCGAUAAGUUAAGCUCUUCGGGUUCGGCCACACUGGGACCGGGAUCGGGUAGUAAUCCAUCGACUCCUGGUAUUGCAGCAAAUAGUAAUAGUAGUGCUAGUGUCACGCCCACAUCCACCACAGUUUCGCAGAGCAGUAUAGCUGUGUCAUCCGGACUGGGUGCUCCUGGACCCUCACCAUCGGCCAUGUCAUCGUUAAGUAUGAAGGCAUCGCCAGCCCUAACAUUAAGUGCGGGUGCGUCACCACAUCUUAUGCAUAGGCCGGGAGAAUUGCCACCCUCAGCCUAUGCUUCAGCACUUCCGGGACGUUCACCGUUUGAAACUUCGCCAUUGUCCGCAAGUUUCAUUGGGGCACCACCCAGUCAUAUAGGUACUGCAGUUUCUCCUUUCGGCCGCUAUGUUGGACCAUUUGGAUUUGGUUUAUCGCCAUUCGGCAGAGAAAUUCCACUUGGUGGUACAAUACACGAUACUUGGAGAGCAGCUGCUUUACAACAACGCGCUGUGCCUUAUCAUCCAGGAGCUCCUGGUUGGCCCAUGAAACCCGACACCGCAGCCCUGGAUGCCCGCCGUGAGGCUGAGGAACGUGAACGUGAAAUGCGUGAACGCGAACAAAGAGAACGUGAGCGCCAACGACAACGAGAACGUGAGGAGCGUGAACGCAAAGAAAAAGAGGAGAAACUCAAGAGGGAACAGCAAGAACGUGAGCAACGUGAACGCGAAAGAGAACGUGAACGCAAAGAGAGGGAACGACGAGAAAUGGAACGUCGUGAAAUGGAACGUGAACGUAUGUUGCAACAGCAGCGCAUUAACGAAAGCAACAAAUUGUCACAGGCGGCGGCAGCCGCAGCAGCCAUGAAUCAGGCUAGAGAACGUUCACCACAUCGUAGUGUCACAGAUAUGCAGGGAGGCCCUGGUGGUCCGGUGGGUGGUGAGAUGCGUAUCAAGGAGGAAAUGCCCAGAACAAAAGAAGAACAAGAUGCCAUGAUGAUGAGAGCAUCGGCAGCUGCGGCAGCGGCUGAUCCUCGUUAUCAUAAUUCAUUGGCGGCCGCCCAGGCAAAUGCUGCGGCAGCGGCUGCCGCUCAUCAUGCCUCCUUUAUGGCCAGUCGUCAUGGUCCCCAUGUGGGUCCACCACCUCCACAUCUAACAAGAACUAUGAUGGCGCCGGGCCUGGGUGGUCCACCAAUGACACAUUUUGGCCCUCCAGGUCCUGGUUGGCCAAUGGAUCCCUAUCGUGACCCCUAUGCCAUGUCGGCCUUACGUUAUAAUCCCCUGAUGGAGGUGGCACUGCGACAUGAAGAGGAACGUCACAAGGCAGCCAUGAGUAUGUAUGCAGUGCAAUCGGCGGCCCAUCUACGUGGAAAAGAACCAUCACCAAUACCGCCACCUUCAGCCGUGGGUGGGCCUUUGGGUCCGCCACUACCUCCGCACCAUCGCCUACAACCGGGACCGCUGGGACCACCGCCAGGAUCAAUGGGACCCGGACCAGGUGGACCACCAGUGCCCAGCCAAUCAUCACUGAGCGGUAAACCACCACCCACCCUGGGAGGCAUGCCCCAUCCCAUGGUAGUGGAUCCCCUGAUGCAACCCAAGAAAGAAGAGCCCGGCGGUGGUGGAUCGUCACAAACGGUAAUGGGCAUGGCACCCUCCGCAGCAAAUCCAGGAAAUAAUCCGCCAGGCCGAUGAUAAAUUGAUAAAUGUGCUGCGGCCAAAAGAGAUGUCAUUGAUUUAACCUAACCUAAGGAAGGGCGGGCGGCAUUUUCGUGUAAAAAGUAACAGCAGAAGACGACGAAUAGGAAAAAAACAACAACAAAUAUCAAAACAAACCAGCUUGAAAUGAGACCAAGUAAUCUUUAAAAGAAAACCAACAAACAAUUUGUAUUAUAAAAAAAAAAAAAACAAAACUAAAAUACCAACAAAUGAGAAAAAUUUAUUCUCAUUGUGAAAUCUAAACUGUGCAUACCUUUUUCGUAUUUUCUACCCUCCCUCCACCCCUUUUAGUUUAUUAUUGUGUUUCACUUUUUAUUUUUUAUUUCUUUUUUUUUAAGAAACCAAAAAAAAAAACACAACAACCUAACAAAACUUGUAUAAAAGUAAAUUUUAUUAUUAAACUUAUUUUAAAACCCCAACCUCCUCCUAUCUUCUCAUACAAACAAACCAAUUGCAUUCUAAAAUAUUUUACUAUCUCUAUUUCUUUCUUUCUUUUCUCUAUUUGUGUUAUCCUUAGAAUAUAUUGUAAAAAAAAAACAAACAAACUGACUAUUAAAUUCCAAAACAAACAAACAAAAAAAACUAUGAAGAUGAUAUUCUCAAAACUCAAAAACACUCUUGUAAUUGUUUAUAACUGAAAAGGAAAAAAAAACAAAAAGCUAAAACAAAUUAACAAAGUAUAUAUUGAACAUGUAUGCAAUAUUAUAUAUAUACUAUAUACAUAUAUAUUUAAGUAAGAAUGAGAAAAAAAAAAAACAAAACAAAACGAAAGCAAGAAAAACAAAAGCAAAACAACUAUGUUUAAUAUUUACACCUCUAAAGUGUAAGCAUGAAAAUGUAUCUUUUUUAAUUUAAAAAAAAAUAGAAAAAUGAAAAUAUCAAUCUAUUUUUUAUAAAUUUUGAAUUUGCUAUAGAAGAGUGUUGUGAAUUUUUUUGUGGUGUACAUUGUGUGUUUCAAAACAAAGAUAGUUGUAGAGGAAUGUAUUCUUUUGUGAAUUUGCUUUCAAAAUUUAUACUCUAAAAUCGUACCAGAAAUCUGGUUAAAUUUUUAUUUUUCACUCUUUUAUGGUGAGGAAAAAAAUAGCUCUCGCAAAUGUCUGCCAAAAAAGAGAUAAUUUGUUCUACUUAUAUAUUUUUUAAUUGCGUUUAAUUAAGUGUAGAGUUGCAUUUGCUUUCAAAAUUUAUACCCUAAAAUCGUGGCAGAAAUUUGGUUAAAUUUUUAUUUUUCACUCUUUUUAUGGUGAGGAAAAAGUAGCUCCCUCAAAUGUCUGCCAAAAAAAAGAGCUAAUCAGUUCUACUUUUAAAUUUCAAUUCCUCUUUAGUUUACUUACCACUUCUUUUUGUCAAUUUUGUUUUCAAUUGUUUUUGCUUUCAAAAUCGAAUCGUUAGUAUUCCCACAAAAAUGUUCUUAUUUUUUAAAUAUUUGUAACAACAAAUAUAUGGUUUAUUCGAUCCUUAGACAUUUUGAAAAUCUUGCCAAGAAAAAAUCUAAAUUUCUAUUACCCAUGGAUUCGCCUCCUCAUCCCCUUCUUUUUGUCAUAUUAGACAAACACCUUUUCAGGUAUUUAAAUUAGAAUUUCUUGCGUUUUGCAAAACAGCAAAACAUGCUCACUUCGAGACAUCUCCAAAUUUGUAUUGUGAGUAAAAAUAUGUCCACAUUUUUUCCAACCCCAAAUAUUCUUUCAAUAAAAGGAGAUUUUCUGACGUCUUAAUAGACUUUAAAAUAUAGGAAAUUGUUGACUUUGCAUAAUUGUAUUUUUUACAUCGAUCUUUUGCUGUGAGCAUUUUUAUUGUUUUUUAUUUCUUUGUUUCCUUUUUUAUACCCUACACCACACGCUGCUCAGGGUAUUAUGUCUUUGGGCAUUUGUUUGUAACAGGCAAAAGGUAAGGACAUAGACCAAUAGUUCCUUUUGAUGAUCUGCAUAGAAUCACAUUCUGAGUCGGUUUAUGUAUGACCGUCCGUACAGGUCGCAUUUAUUGACUGAUUCAGAUGAAUUUUUGCACAAAUCAUUUGUUUGGCCCAAGGACGAACCCUAUUAUAAUUGGAGACAUCCGGCCUAAAUUUAGAUAUAGCUACCAUAUAUAUCUUCGUCAAAUUUGCUUUUUAUUGUGCACCAAACGAGUAAUAUUAGCCCAAAUGGCAUACGUAUAACCAAAUUAGGCCUGGAAACAAGUAUGCCAAAUUUGAUGGAAAUCGGUUCAAAUAUAGCUACAGCUUCCAUACAUAUUUUUCAUCUGAUUUGUUAUUUUUGUCCCCCGCAGCCGUAAUAAGCACUCUGUAACAACGAUAUUUUUUGGGGAAAUAUAUCAAAUAAAGCUCAAAAGAAUAUUUGAUAUAUUUUAUCAAGAUCGGUUCAGGUUUGGAUAUAGCUCCCAUAUACAACUUCGUCCGAUUUACCUUUUAUUGUGCACCAAACGUGUAAUAUAAGCCCAAGUGGGAUGAAAAUUGAAAUUUACGACCGAAUUGAGUCUAGAAGCUAGUACGUCAAAUUUGGCGAAGAUCGGUUCAGAUAUAGCUAUAGCUCCCACAUAUAUUGUUCAUCGAUUUGUUGAAUUUUUCCUUCACGGCCGUAAUAUGCAAUCCGUUACAAGCUCCCAUAUAUAUCUUUAUCCGAUUUCAAGUUAGUUGUGCUCCAAAUGGGUAAUACAAGACCGAAUUCAAAAGAAUACAAAAUGCCUCGGCAAAUUUAGUAGAAAUUAUUUCAGAGGAGGAUAUUCCUCUCAUAUAUUAGUUCCUUUAGACUUUUAAUUAUAACUAUAAAAUAUGCAAAGUGUGGUGUAGGGUAUCAUAAAGUCAGGCCCGUCCGACUUUCUUGGACUAGUUUUGUUUAAUAAUUAUUAAAUUAUUUAAAAUUCAACAACAGACAAGUUAUUUCAAAAGUUUCUCUUAAGAAUAUCUCCAUUAUUAUUUUGCCCAUCCAUGGAAAGAGUGAUGUUUCUCUUCGUUUUAUUCAAAUGAGACUUUCAGUGUUUGCCAUAAGAGCAGCAGUGGUGAGCUCUUAUUUUUCAUAAAUACUUGACAAAAUAAUAUUUUUGAGGAAAUCAAAAGAUUUUUUAUUUUAAAUUGUGUCUCGUAUUUGUUUUUGUUAUUCUUGAUGACCUGGGAGUUUAUAUACAUAGAAAGAGGAUCAAUAGGUAAUCUUUUUUUGGUAUGAUUUAGUUCUCACAAAUUCCCUAUUCAAAAAAAAAAACUUUUAUUUGUUAUGUAAAGCUCUACUAAAUAUGCAAAGUGUGGUGUAUGGUAUUAUAAAGUCAGGUCCGCCCGAAUUUAGACUAGUUUUGUUUAAAAAUUAUGAAAUUAAUUAAAAUUCAACAACAGACAAGUUAAUUCAAAAUUCUCUUAAGAAUGUCUCAUUCAUUAUUUUGCCCGAGAGUGAUGUUUCUCUUCGUUUUUUUCAAAUGAGACUUUCAGUGUGAGCUCUUAUUUUUCAUAAAUACUUGACAAAAUAAUAUUUUUGAGGAAAUCAAAGGAUUUUUUUAUUUUAAAUUAUGUCUCAUAUUUGUUUUUGUUAUUUUUAAUGACCUGAAGAUGAUGAAUAGUUAAUCUUUUUCUAUUAAUUAUUGUAUUUUAAUUGUUUGUUUUCUAUCCUUCCAAAGUUUAGGCACCUUUUUUUCCACCAUCAAAACAUUAUGACACCAUGAAUUAUUUUCAAAUAAAUUCAGAUUCACAUUAUCAUCAUAUAUCCGUGAGCAAUAUAUCAAAAUAUCUUACUCUAAAAAAAACCCCAAAAUAUUCAAAAUAGUCUUUCAAAACUUUUACGUUUUAGAUUGAUUUCCCUUAAAAGAAGAAGAGAUACAUUUUCAGUAUACACUCGCGAUGUGUUACUUUUUAUUAUUACAAAAAAUAUAAAUCCAAUACCAUUUUAUUGGUCUGGUAAAUAUUAUUAUAUAUAUAUUUAAACUUAUAUAUAUAUAUAACUGCAUAUAUAACAAAGCAAACAAAACAAAAACUAUUUUAUUUUUUUACUAUAAAUAAUAUUAUAUAUUUUUUUUACUAGUGAAUAGGACGCUUCAUAAUUAGAGCAUUUGUAUUAUUUGUAUAGUUUAUUAUUACUACGAUUAUUAUUAUUUUAUUUAUAUAUAUUAUAUCAUGUACUAAAUGUUGUUCUAAUGAUAAAGAAAAAAAAAGAAACAAAACAAAAACACACACAAAUAAAAAACUGACUACUUUCUCCUUUCCUCCUCCCUACAAUGAAACAAAAUCCUUUUCCUCCCUUCUCCACAAUUCCAUAGCCUGGUCCUUAGGCCUCGUCUUUUAUAUAUAUAUAUAUAUACAUAACUAGGAGAUAAAGCAUACAGAAACGUAAACAAAAAGAAAAAAAAUCAAAUGAUGUUAACAAAUUUGCUAUAAAUAAAUACAAUUUAUACUGUUAUAUAUAAAUGAAUAUACAUUGUAGAAAAUAACAAAACAAACAAAAA